AUGGAUUCCACGGACCAGGCACCUGAGGUGAAUGCAGAGACGUCUGAGGUGAACGCAGAGACGGCUGAGGUGAAUGCAGAGACGGCUGAGGUGCAUGGAGAGACGGCUGAAGUGAACGCAGAGAUGGCUGAGGUGCAUGGAGAGACGGCUGAGGUGCAUGCAGGGACGUCUGAGGACAACGCAGAGAUCCAACCGCUGGUCGGAUUCGCGCGAGGCCUCGAUCCCGAUGAGAUUUUGGGAAUCGCCCACACGGGAGAACGCCACCCCAUUUACCUUAUUAAGUGGAAGGGAUUGGACAGCCAAGAAGCUGACCUGACAAAUAUUAAUUCACGAUGCGGAUGCGGAUGCAGAUGCAGUGCCUUUCUGCUGUCUUUGUGGUUCCUGGCCCAUGUGGCAGCAGGAUCUUUUACGCCGCCAAGCCCGAACAAGGCAGUGCGGGGCGAGUACUCCUUCUCAGUGGCGUCGAUGAAGCCACUGGUGGAGCUGGAGACAAAGCUAAUCCAAAACCUCGACGACUAUGCAGCAGAAUUGGAGCAAAAGGUGCAGACACUCCGCAGGCACAUUGCGGAGAUGCGAGUGGAGAACGAGCAGGCGCAACGCAAUGUGAUCCGCUAUCUGUCCCAUCCGCUCAGCGCCUUCGCCCUUGUCCGGCGGCUGCACCGCGACUGGACGCAGUGGCGGCAGUACAUUGCGGAGCCGGUGGGCAGGGCGCAGAUGCGGAACUUUGACGCCUGGCGGGUGGCACUGCCCACGCAGAUGGAUCUGCAGGAUGCAUGCAAUGGGAUAGUCCGCAUGCAGGAGGUCUACGGCCUCGAGGAGAAGCACAUCUUCGGGGGACAGCUGGCAGGCGUUCAGUACAACAUUAGCAUGUCCACUGGCGACAUUUACGCUGUGGGCCAGCACUUGUCGAGGACCAAAAACGGCACAGAGGCCAUUCCGUGGCUGCAGGAAGUGCGGCGGCGCCUGAGCAACCAAACGAAGGAGGAGGACCCAAACGAGCCCCUGGUUGUGGACAAAGCCGAGGUCCUGUGGCUGCUGGCCGAGACGUACAUCAAAUCCAAGCACUAUGCAGAGGCCCUGCCCAUCCUGGACAUCGCACUAAAGCACAAGAUCGCCGACGCCGUGUUCCUGCGACGCAGGGAGGAGGUCCAGCUGCUGAUUGCCAAGGAGCCCAGCACCGUCUUGGAUAGCGACAAGCCCAAGGACGAUCCGAAACUGGCUGAAUUCAAGAAGAGAUGCAGUGGCGGGGGAUGCCAAUCCUCGCUGCACUGCUGCUACAACUUUACGACCACGCCCUUCCUGCGCCUGGCGCCCCUCAAAAUGGAGCUGCUGGGGCAGCAUCCCUACGUGGUGGUCUACCACGACGUCCUUGCCGACUCAGAGAUAGCCGGGAUCAUCGGCAUGGCCGAGGAGAGGAUGGCCAGGGCAACGACCAUUGCGCAGCCGAAUCGAACCUCAGCGCCCACCCGCACUGCCAUGGGCGCCUGGCUGAAGCGCUCCAGCAACGCCCUGACGCGGCGCAUCGCCCGGCGAGUGGGCGACAUGAGUGGCUUCCAGCUAGAGGGAUCCGAGCGGAUGCAGGUGAUCAACUAUGGCAUCGGGGGCCACUACAUCACCCACAAGGACUGGCUCGAUAACUUUCCGGCAACGAUGGGCAAUCGUAUAGCCACAGUCCUCUUUUAUCUAACGGACGUGGAGCAGGGUGGCGCCACCAUGUUCAUUAAGGCCAAGCACAAGGUGCUGCCACGGCGAGGCACCGCCCUCUUCUGGUACAACCUUCACACGGACGGAUCGGGCGACUGGUCCACCACGCAUGCCGCCUGCCCCAUCAUCGUGGGCUCCAAGUGGGUGAUGACCCAAUGGAUACGCGAACGUAGCCAGAUCUUCAUCCGGCCCUGCCUGCAACGCACCUCCGCCGAGGAUUAGCCCCCAUUCAACUCCCAUUUGGCACACGGACAAGGAUACGACUGAUACUAACCGCCAAGGGAGGAUACGUUGGAGCAGCGGGCGGGAUAUCCAUAGACAAACAAAUUUCCGGCAUAAUCACUUUAGACACUUAACAAAAACCGACAGCAACCCCCUCCCACCAGCUACCAGCCAUCAGCCAUCACCAUCCUCCGGCUUAAAUGCCUUUUAAAAUGCCAACACGGAAAAAAAUAAAGUGCUGAGUGGUUGAUAGUCGUCGUAGUCGUC